AUGGUGUCCGACCCAGUGGAAAAAUAUAAGAAAUUACUUGAAAAAGAGAACAAAGUCGAUGAUAAAUAUGUGAUUAUCGAUAAAAAAUGGCUAGAACAUUGGAAACGUUAUGCUGGUGUCGAGAAAUCAGACGAAGAAAAGCCCACUGAACCAGGUCCAAUAGAUUUUACAAAAUUAAUUGAUCCAACAACAGCUAAUAGUUCAAGUGAAGUACAGCUUCGUGCAAAUGCUGUCGAAGGAAAUGAUUACAGCUUCAUUCCAUAUGAACUCUAUCAAGAAUUAGUUGUGACUUAUAAAAAAGAAGGUCAAGAAAUAAUUCGUAAAGUUAUUCCACACGGUGAAUAUAGUACUAUAAUUGAAGUUUUUCUUGUACCAUUACGGCUUCGCGAAUCAAGAGCUUCUCAUGCAAAAUCAAAACAAAUCUAUCGUAGUCGCCGAACGAAAGUAGAAGAUCUAAAAAGAGAUAUUUGUAAGGAAUAUUGUUUUCCAAUGAAUUCCAAUAAUCGUUUAUAUGCAUCGAUGGAUGAAAACGGUUUCGAUUGGGAACCCAUUAGUGAACAAGCAAAUUUAACGCUGGAUGAUGUCGAUCUAACAAAAAAUGCAUUUAUUACAUAUGAAUCUAGAAAUAUAUCAACACACAGUUCUUUCUCAUCUAAUAAACCAUAUUAUGAUGUUGGCUCGAAAUCACACUACACUCCUGGCCUUUGUGGUUUAUCGAAUUUGGGUAAUACUUGCUUCAUGAAUUCUGCUUUACAAUGUCUAUCGAAUGUUCCACCGUUAACAGCAUAUUUUCUUGGUCAAUAUGAAGAUCAUAUCAAUCGUGAUAAUCCAUUAGGUAUGAAAGGUGAUGUUGCUAAAGCAUAUGGUGAAUUUAUACGUGAAAUGUGGUCGGGUAAAUCAAGUUGUUGCGCGCCAAGAUCCCUAAAACAAAGCGUAGCACGUUAUGCGCCACAAUUUAGUGGUUUUGCACAACACGAUUCGCGAGAAUUUAUGUCGUUUUUACUUGAUAGUUUACAUGAAGAUUUAAAUCUUGUUAAAAAUAAACCAUAUGUUGAAAAAAAAAACGAUGAUGGAAAAUUGACGGAUUCAGCAUUAGCUGCUGAACAAUGGGAAUAUUAUCGAAAACGAAAUCAAUCAAAAAUUCAUGAAAUAUUUCAUGGACAAAUUAAAUCAAUUGUAACAUGUUUGACAUGUGGUACACAAGCACGUACAUUUGAUCCCCUCUGUUUUCUAAGUUUACCAUUGCCAGGUAAAGUCAAAAUAAGAAUAUUUAAACUCGAUUAUGUUCGUGUAAAUGGACAAAUUAAAUCGUAUAGUAUCAAAUGUGAUGAAAAUGGUCGUAUGCGUAAUCUAAUGCAAAAAUUUUGUGAUCGCUUUCAACCAAAAAUGAAAAGCAUCCGUCAAAGAGAACCUAUGGAUACUGAUUCUGCUGCAUCAAACUCAAAUCAAUCUAAUCGAAACGAUGAUGACGAUGACGACGAAGAAGAAGAGGAAGAAGAUUUCACAAAAGCAUCGGAUUAUGACGGACAUCAACCGAAACCAGAUUAUAUUUUAGCUGCCGAAAUUUAUAAUCAUCGAGUUCAUUUACAAUAUGGGGACAAUACUCUAUUAACAAGUAUACUUGAACGGCAUUGUGUUGUUUUUUAUGAAGUACCUUAUUCAUUAAAAAAAUCUGAUAGCGACAAAAUUUUAAUGCCAUGCACAUUCCGCGAUGAUUAUUAUCAUUAUAAUUUUGGUUUACCUAUUUAUCUUAGCGUACCAAGAAAUGAUUGUAAAGGAAAAGAUAUUCAAGAAGCAUUGCAGAAAGUAAUUGGUAAUUUUAUCUCAUUACCUACAACUGAUCCAUCAGAGAAUAAAUCACUCUAUAGCGCUUCAUUGGUAUUCACGCAAAGUUAUUCUUCCACAAGCAAACCAUUAAAAUCAUAUCUUGAUGAGCAUAUUGAUUUUAAUCGUAAGAAGACAACACUUACUGUUGAUGUCGCAGCAUCAAUCGUUGAUAAGUAUAAAAAAAUCGAUGGUGACAGACGUUUAGAAAAAGAGCAAUCUUCAUCCAUGGACUCGGGUGUUCAAACACGUAGUCAACAAAAACCAUCAACAACAUUGUUAGAUUGCUUUAAACAUUUUACAAAAAAAGAAGUAUUAUCUGAUGAUGAUCUGUGGUAUUGUACAAAAUGUACUGAAUUAAAAAAAGCUACGAAAAAGAUUGAUCUAUGGCUUUUACCAAAAGUUUUAAUUGUACAAUUAACACGUUUUAGUCAGACUGGUGAUAGUUGGAAUAAAAAUGAUUUACUGAUUGAUUGUCCAAUCGAUGAUUUAGAUUUAUCUCAAUAUGUUCUAAAUCCAACUGAAAAAGCAAAAGCAAAAUAUAACUUGAUCGCUGUUAGUAAUCAUAUGGGAGAUGUAGGUGGUGGACAUUAUACAGCAUAUGCAAAAAAUUCUCAUGAUAAAAAAUGGCAUAUUUUUGAUGACUCGUCUGUAUCAGCAAUAAAUGAAACUGGUGUUAUUAGUAAAGCAGCUUAUAUUCUUAUUUAUCAACAACAGUAA